UGCCCAGAGCUGCUUGAGAUUGUUGUUGUUGUUGUUACUCAAUUUCAUUAGUACUGUAGAGUGUUUCAUUUCGUGUUUUACAUAUGAGUCCUUAGUGUUAAUUUUUUUACUUACCUUAAUCGGAGUUGUUUAUUGUUUCUAUACAAAGUUGUUUUUAUGAAUAACACAUAGUUUUAGUUAUACUGCGUUCUUUUUUUUAAACAUAUGUUUUGUGUUCAUAACAUUGGCAUUAUAAUUUUGUAAAUUCAUUCGUAACAAAGCAGCAGCAGCAGCACCCGCAGCAGAUAAUAACAUAUAAAAUAGUGAAGAAAUGUCUGUGGUAUCGACGUUAGCCCUAAUAUUUACCGUCUUGUCGUCAGUUACUAUUGUAGCCUGCAUUAUAUUGCUGGGCUGGUUCCUAAUUUGGAAAGCAUUUUUGUCCAAAUUCAGAUUAGUACGAGAACUUCUGGGGCAAACCAAUCCGGACGGCUCACCUGCAACUCCAGAAAAGUCUUCGGAUAUCUCAAACGGAACGCAGUCCUAUUCAAAGAUUAGGAAAAUAAGAAAAGACUAAC